AUGACUCCUCCCCCAGCGGCUGAGGCGGCGGCGGCGGCGGCCUCGGGCUCCCGUCACUCCUGCCGGCGGGGCGUCCGCGUCCCUGUCCGCGGUGACUCUGUUCGGCCUUUUCUGGCCCAUUGUGUCCGUGUCUCUUGUCCCCGUCCGGCUGUCUCUCUCGACCCGGGUCUCCCGGCUCCUUCCCUCAGGGCUCGCCCAGAGGCUCCCCCCCGCGCCUCCCCGUCCCCCCCCAACCUCCCCGGCAGCCCGGACGUCUUGCCCACAAACGGGCGCGCGUUCGCAGGCCAGCCCGGCGCGACCGCUACCCCGGCGGGCACCACCCCUGCCCCGGACUCCCGAUGCCCCCCGCCUUGCCGGCGCCUGGGCGCGGCGGACAGCCACUGCCGCGCGCGCACGCCCUCGCCUCGCGCCGGGCCGGGUACGGAGCCGGCGCAUGCUCCGGCCGCCCGGCCCGGGGUGUCAGCGCGCAUGCCCGGAGCCGCGGCCUCGGAGCCCCGCGGGCGCCGCGGGUGGGCAGCCGGCGCCGAGGCUCUGCGGGGGCGGGGCCGCGCGCGCGCGUGCGCAGACGCGCCGGCGCCGGGGCGCGCGGCGAGCUGA